AUGGGAAGCAUGGUGCCUUCUGUCGAAGACUUGAAGCCGACGUUCAAGACACCAUGGAUUGAGACGCCGCUGGUCGAGUCAGCAUGCCUUUCUCGGGCCGCGGGAUGUCGAGUUUUUCUGAAGCUGGAGAACGUCCAGCCCAGCGGCUCCUUCAAGUCUCGUGCUAUGGGCAACCAAAUCCUUUCACAUCUCCGCAAACCCGAGUACGCCAACCGCCGAGUUCACUUCUACGCUUCCUCCGGUGGUAAUGCCGGUCUCGCGGCCGUCUGUGCCGCCCGAAGUCUGGGAUAUCCUUGCACCGUUGUGGUGCCCCUCUCUACCAAGCCUUUGAUGAUCGAAAAGCUCCGGGCCGCAGGCGCCACGGACGUGAUUCGGCACGGAGAGAACUUCUUCGAGGCCGGGUCUUACAUGAAGGAGGUGAUUAUGAAGAAAAGCUCAGGAGAUGAUGAGGAUGUGGCAAAGAUUGCCCUCCAUCCAUUCGAUAACCAACCCAUCUGGGAAGGAAAUAGCACUAUUGUUGACGAGCUGGAGAAGCAACUCCCUCCCGCUGCCAAUGCCGAUGAAGAGGAAGUUUACCGCGGGCGGGCACUCCCUCUAGAUGCUGUUCUUUGCAGCGUUGGUGGUGGUGGCUUGCUCAACGGCCUGGUCAUGGGUCUUGAAAAACGCCGCUCUAACAAGCAGAAUGGCCAGUCCAACAACAGUCACUAUUACAUGGAUACCGCUUCCUCCGAAACUACUUCUUCCCACACCAUGGGCUCUCAGCCCGGUUCUAUUCAUCUCCUCGCCAUCGAAACCGCUGGCACCGACUCCCUGGCUGCUGCCAUUGCCAACAACUCCCUCGUCUCCCUACCCAAGAUCACUUCUCAGGCCACCUCCCUGGGCGCCAUCCGUGUCUCGGAAACCACCUUCCAAUAUGCUGUCUCUCCUCCUCCUGGCAUCAAAGUCCACAGUGCCGUGCUUACAGAUGCGGAAGCCGCCCGGGGCGUUCUCCGCCUCGCAGAUGACGAGCGGCUUCUCGUCGAGUUGGCCUGCGGCGUCUGCGUCGAGGCGGCUGUUGGCGAUGCCGCUGCCGCUGCAUCUGCUAAGACUUCGGAGACCGCCGUGGUUGGGGGUCAAAGCACCAAGAAGCGCAAGAGGGGAUCGAACGAGACCGAAAUUGUCCGCGAUGAGGGCUACGGUGAUGACCGAUGGUCCUCCACAGACAACGAGACGGAGCCUGAGACGGAGGUCGGCGAUCGGGCCAAGCCUGUGUCGUCCACUCCCCCUGCCUUAAAGUCUAAGCUCAAGCAACUUGUGCCAGACCUGAACGAACAGAGCCGGGUUGUGAUCAUCGUCUGCGGUGGAAGUAAUGUGACCAUCGACAUGGCUGGCGAGUAUAGGAAGCAGCUGGCCGAGGGAUGGGCUUAA